ACCUGCACAACUUCUACGCUCAUCCGCGUUAAUGGAUAACAACGCGCACCGCUGGGACUUUUGAGAAGUUAUUAAACUAUGCCAUUGCAUUUUUAUAAUACACUUCUACUUAACAAAUAGUCAAAGCUAUUGCUGAUAUUUUUCUUUGAUGCCAUGUCACCGAGAUAACCCAUUUAGGUCUCGUUAAACUGUGCGUAAAGGGAGCUUUCGGCAUCAUUUCUGGACUGAAUCGAAAAGGAAAAUUCAAGGAAGCAUAAUGUCGAAACCCAUGGACCACGUCAAGCGUCCCAUGAACGCUUUUAUGGUGUGGUCGAGAGCUCAGAGACGAAAGAUGGCUUUGGAUAACCCGAAGAUGCACAACUCUGAGAUCAGCAAGCGCCUCGGAGGAGAGUGGAAACUUCUGUCGGACUCUGAGAAACGACCAUUUAUAGAUGAAGCCAAACGCCUCCGAGCCGUCCACAUGAAAGAGCACCCGGAUUACAAAUACAGACCCCGGAGAAAGCCCAAAAACCUGAUCAAAAAAGACCGGUAUCACUUUAACGUGGCGUAUAAUUUGGGUGAAGGUGAGCAGUUGAAAAGUGCGCACUUACCCGGAGACGCGCUCACGGACUCCAUGAUGUGCACCGCGGAGAAAACGGCCGUUUCUGCGGCCACGCGAGCGUUGUUCGGUCACCACCUGUCGGCCAACCCCUACCCGUUUCUCGACCUGGCCUCCAAAAUGUCGGAAUUACCUCCUGCGCCGUUUCCACAUUAUUCGUUUCUCGGCUAUCCCGGGGUCUCUGCGUUUCCCGGGAUGGGGAUUUUGGCCGGCGCGCCGCACGCUCACCCGUCACCGGGUAACCCGGGACACAUGGUGCACUAUAACUGCCCGGGCUGGCCUGCUUCUGCACCUGCGUUACCUUCAACGUAUGUACUUUUACCUGGAAUGACCAAGGCCCAGCAUGAACCUUACUUCGCGUACGCUGCGGCCAUAUGAGUCCCAUUCAACUCUUCAGAACUAAAAUAAGAAUAAUGCGGGCUGAUGUCACGUGCACUUGUUUUACAGAAA